AGAAGCCAGAACUUUGAAAGCUAGAAGCUAAAAACGUUGAAGCUAUCGGCUAAUGUUUUGACAAACAAGUGAUUCUGUCUUUAUUUUCGGAAAAUGUUCUUAAAAAGCGCCUGAAAUGAGUUCAGAGGUUUGUCCAUUUUGUGGAAAAACGUUCAAAAGGCUGAAGAGUCACCUUCCUCACUGCAAAGCAGCUGCGAACUCUCAAACACCUCCAACCACACAGGAUGCUACAGUUCUGUCUAAAACAACCACAAAGGAAAAGAAGCCCAAGCAAUUAUCUCCCAUGGCAACAGAUCAACCGCCAAAGAAGAGCAAGAAAGUCUCUGCACAUGCAUCACAGUCCGAGCAGUUAACGUCGACCCUGAUGGCUAAUAAGAAGAAGCAGAAGAAGCUCAAAGAAACGGCCUCCUCUGCCUCUCCAUCGUCUGAUUUGCCAAAACCAGAGAAGAAGAGUCUCCGUGCUUUGAUAGAAGAGGCGAAGCCCGUCGCCAGUGUGAAGGAAACCAGAUCAGCCUCAAAAGAUUCCAGUUUGAGUAAAAGCAGCAACCAAACAGAGACCAAAGUGGCUCCAGAAUCAUUUCAUGAUGCCAACGUUUUUUCAGGAACUAAAGUUAAAAAACAGCCAAAGAUGAAGGACGUAGUUUGUGGCUGGAAUUCUCUGGACUCUAAUCUGGGUCCAGAUCAAUCAGGCCUUCGUCGUAUUAAGGAAAACGUCUGGGUGGACGGUGACGGGGAGGAUAAGGAGGGACUCACAGAUGUAGGAGGUCACCGGGGGAAAGUUACCCUACAAGACGUUAAAUCCACGCUGGGCCGAGCCGCCAGCCGCCGGCAGUCCAGCAUCCUGAGCCGCAUCACAGCCGCGGACCAGAUGAAGCUGGACGUCGAUCCCAGUCCACUUCCUGUGGAAACCCAGAAACAGGAGACAACUCAGUCCGAUAAGCAGCUCAGCGUAAAGGAAUCUGGAGCUCCUCCUUCUGUCCAACAUCAGCUGCUGAGUUCAGCAGCACAGGGAGGAAGGAGUCGCCUCGCUGAACCCCUCCUCUCAGCGCCUAGCAACCAGCUCUCCAGCCACCUCCAGUUUCCCAGGAUGGUUGAAGAUCUUCAGCUGGACGUCAGGAAGCAGAACCAGCUGAUUGAAGGUCGGAAGUUUAACUCUGAAAGCAGAGAUGAAAGAGAGUAAAAAGAAACGACCGAAUUCAACUGAAUCAUUGUCUAUUAGUGCAGAAAUAUAUUAAUAUUU